CACUCCCCAUCCGCUUCCGGACUGGUCUCGCGAUAUCCAUCUGCGGCGCAGCUUUGAGUGAAGAUAGACGUCUUUAGAGCCAUGGCAGCCAUACGUGCCUUGCUGCCCAGCGUCCGGGGUCUGCUACGGCCUCUGUCCCAUUUCCUCGCCCUGCGGUCGUUCGCUUCGGGUGCUAACUUUGAGUACAUCAUCACAGGAAAAAAGGGAAAGAAUAGCAAUGUGGGGCUAAUCCAGCUGAACCGCCCGAAGGCACUCAACGCACUCUGCAAUGGCUUGAUCGUAGAGCUCAACCAGGCACUGGAGGCCUUUGACGCAGACCCAACUGUGGGUGCCAUUGUGCUUACCGGUGGAGAUAAAGCGUUUGCAGCUGGAGCUGAUAUCAAGGAAAUGCAGAACCAGACAUUGCAGGACUGUUACUCCCACAACUUCCUAAGUCACUGGGACCAGCUGACCCAGGUUAAGAAGCCAAUCAUCGCUGCUGUCAAUGGUUAUGCUCUUGGUGGGGGCUGUGAACUUGCCAUGAUGUGUGACAUCAUCUACGCUGGUGAGAAAGCCCAAUUUGGACAGCCAGAAAUCCUGCUGGGGACCAUUCCAGGUGCAGGGGGCACCCAGAGACUCACCCGAGCAGUUGGAAAGUCACUGGCAAUGGAGAUGAUCCUCACUGGUGACCGCAUCUCAGCCCAGGAAGCCAAGCAAGCAGGUCUUGUAAGCAAAAUUUUUCCAGUUGAAAAACUGGUUGAAGAAGCCAUUCAGUGUGCAGAAAAAAUUGCCAGCAAUUCCAAAAUUAUAACAUCCAUGGCCAAAGAAUCUGUGAAUGCAGCCUUUGAAAUGACAUUAACAGAAGGAAAUAAAUUGGAGAAGAAACUCUUCUAUUCAACCUUUGCCACCGAUGACCGGAGAGAAGGAAUGGCUGCAUUUGUGGAGAAAAGAAAGGCCAACUUCAAAGACCACUGAGAACCACUACGUGUGCCUUAUACUUCUGUUGAGAGGGCAAAGCAGGCCAUCCGUUUUGAAGCAAAUAAAUCUUCUCCUUUUAAAGGGUAGUGUAGGUGAGAUAUGCUUUCUUUGCUGGCCACAUGAGACUGUGGCCAGCACUUGAGCUGUACUGAACAAAUGGCCUUCACUUGGCUGCCAAGAAUCAGGCAGGUUGCACUGUGACCAGAGCAUACUCCUUUAAAUCAAAAGUUCUGCUGACAAACCUUCAGGGUGUUUUAAUUUUUUAAAUCACUUCAGGAACUGAGAUGCUAGUUUAGGGGACCCUUUUGUGCAUAGAUGGAGUCCAGACGGAAAGUGGGUGCCUGCCCACCAGGUCGUGGGGUUUAUGGCUGCUUGAGGAAAGAUGUUCCUGUCUCUUGAUCUUGAACAGAAUAAUGCUGAUUAAAGUGACUACUUAAAGUUAA